GGAGGAUAUGGGAACGUCCUAUACUAAUGAAGUUUUUCUUUAAGUUUGAAUUCUUAAAAGUUUUAAAUCUAUUAAAAGGAAAGAAAACACCCGUGACAUGCCAGACUUUCUGGCACUGGGGGAACAGUAUGGAAAAGGCUCCCAACUCAUUCCUUACAGGUAUCAGGAUUAGCAGAGCCGGCACAUGAUGGAGAAUUCGAAGGGAUCAUUCUGCCCAUUGAGUAAGCCUUUGCUUGCUUCUGCGUUCCUGACCAUUUCAAACGCGCCUAUUGUUUCUACUUUGAUGACUGAAUGGGAAUAACAGAGAAAUUCUGUGCUUUAAUGAACAAUUCUACAGCACAUCCACACUCCUGUUAAAGGGAGACUUAAGAGCUCAGAGGAACACACGACUUUGUUUUGUUACACUUCCUCCAGAUUCCAGCUUUGUUACUGAUUUUCAUCAGGCAGCCUGUCCCAUGAAAGAAUGUUUGGGAGGACAUUUGCAUUAAACAUGCUUGAGGUCUAAGACAAGCACCUUCCAGUACGAGAGAUGCUAGCCAGCAGGGAUGAAACUUGAAGAUCCAAGAUGUGAAGAGCAGCCAAUUCACACCCCCUCCUCUAUGGACCACUGUUCUUGCCAUCAUGCCUUCUCAGGAUGGACUGAAACCUCCGAACCUGUUUGAGCCAACCAAUAGAUCCAUAACCCUUCCAGUGAGCAGGAGGGACACUUGAUAAAGACCCUAACACUAAAACUUUAUAAGGAUUUAUAGCGACAUCACCAGCUGCUCAGCUGUCACCCACCGAACUGAUAGAAAUGCGGAAUGAUCUUUUUAAUAAAGAGAAAAGUAGGCAGUUAUCGUUAACUCCCCGAACAGAAAAGAUCGAGGUUAAGCAUGUUGGGAAAACUGAUCCUGGCACUGUCUUCGUGAUGAAUAAAAACAUUUCAACUCCCUACAGUUGUGCCAUGCAUUUAAGUGAGUGGUACUGCAGGAAAUCCAUUUUGGCUCUUGUGGACGGACAACCAUGGGGCAUGUAUAAGCCUUUGACCAAGUCCUGUGAGAUUAAAUUUCUUACCUUCAAAGACCCUGACCCAACAGAAGUGAAUAAGGCUUAUUGGCGUUCCUGUGCUAUGAUGAUGGGCUGUGUAGUAGAAAGGGCAUUCAAAGAUGAUUAUGUGGUCAGCUUGGUCAGAGCACCAGAAGUUCCUGUAAUUGCUGGGGCUUUCUGCUAUGAUGUCAUUUUGGAUAAGAGACUGGAUGAAUGGAUGCCAACGAAAGAGAACCUACGUUCUUUCACAAAAGAUGCCCAUGCUCUAAUUUAUAGGGACCUUCCCUUCGAAACUCUGGAGGUUGAUGCAAAAGUGGCAUUAGAAAUAUUUCAACAUAACAAGUAUAAAGUGGACUUCAUAGAAGAGAAGGCAUCUCAGAAUCCCGAGAGAAUAGUCAAGUUACACAGAAUUGGAGACUUCAUUGAUGUGAGUGAAGGCCCUCUUAUCCCAAGAACUAGUGUUUGUUUCCAGUUUGAAGUGUCAGCCGUCCACAACCUUCCGUCCCCGCAGCCGAACCUCAUACGAAGAUUUCAGGGCCUGUCUUUACCCACCCACUUGAGAGCACAUUUUACAAUAUGGGACAAGUUAUUGGAAAGAUCACAGAAAAAGGUAACUGAAGAUGUAAUCAGACAGACAGAGAGCACUGUAUCUACCCAGUAGCCUUCUAAAAUUUAAGUAUGUAUAGUAAAUUAAAA